GACGUGUGAAAUCUUGACAGUCAUCAUGAAGCUGCUUUGUGUUGCUGCCUGCCUUGUGCUGCUCGUAGCAGCCGCCCACGGAUGUGUCAACGCUCCCCCUCGUUGUGCUCUCGUGAAGAUGGAGAGCUGGGGCUGGAAGUUCUUCAGUAAGCCCCUGCUGCCCGCUGCCUGGAUCACCUCUGUGUCGGUGGAGAAGGACUUCAGUGGAGGCUACUGCAAGCCUGCCUCCGGCUACGGUUUCUCUACCAACGAGCUGUGGGUAGCUCAUGGCUGUCGUGGUCUGCUCAAAGUUUGUGCAGUGGCAAACAAAUGUGUGACAAAAACCCUGAACAGCAACAACUACGCGUUCGCCUCUGAGCAAAUCGAAAACGCCUGCUACGUGUCGUCCAUGGUGAUCAAGACCAGACAGGGACCGCCCUGCGUGGCUGACGUCAACUACGGUUUCACCGGACCCUACGUCUGGGUCAAUGGAGGCUGCCGCGCCGAAUUUACCGUCUGCUACGUGCAGUGACGUCAUCGUCCUCCCCAUCACGUGAUCCAUGAACCAAUCAAUGAAUGAUGAAUAAAUGAAUAACUCUUUAUUUAUCCCAUUAA